AUGCUUGUCCUGACCCAAUCGAUUGUGUUUUCCCUUUUCUGCCUUUUCCUCUCAGGAAGAUCAGGUGAUGAAGAGACACACACCUUUUCAACAGAGACGGUUAGCAGAUGGGCUGUCAGUGUCCUUCUACUGCAUUUGCCUUGUCACCACAGACUCAACCAAGAACCGUUUGUUCUUCUUCACGAGCUGCACUCAGAAGGGCCUGCUGACCACGGAAGAGAGGUGGCCGUGCCACGCCAGACAGAUGUGCCUCCUGAAAGACCCCUGCUGUGCUCUCCACCGUGGCAGAGCCAGGAGGAGCCACGGCCAGCAAGCAGAAGGAGGAGAGGUGUGGGUACAGGGAGGGCUCUUCCAGAUCCUCGGAGGGAUCCUGCGCUGGAGCUCACCUGGCAUCCCAGGGGCCCUCAAAGAGCAAAGUAUAGAGCCGAGACAGGAACAUCUUCCCGGCGGGUAUCAGAAAUCUUCAAGGACAUCCUGAAGGAAUGGGACAGCACGGCACGUGGGAUGGACCGUGAGACUGUGGAGAAGGAGGCACUUCAGGAAGGAGGCAGCGAGGCAGUGCCAGUCUCUGAUGCAGAAAAGGGGGCAAUUCAAUCAACAGGCGUGCCAGUGCUGUCCAACCCCGGGGAAGCCCACCACGCCGGCAUCCAUGAAUUUCUUCGAACAAAUACAGGUGUGGAUGGCCAGAAGAACGCAAAUGCUAUGGAUCCCGAUGAUUUCCAGAGGUACUGCAUAGAAGGCGCCAUGGCGAUCCUGGGCUCCAUGUUGCUUGGGAUGGUAUUCUUUUGUGCCAUCUGUAUGUGGAGGAGGAGAAGACGGCGCCUCGCUGCAGCUUCAUGAGCCUGGCCCAACACCAGCAGCUACCCCUCACGCCUGGACAGCUGGACCCACCCACCCCAGCAACCCUGAGAGCCAGACUCGACACCAGCAGCCAUCACCUGUGCCUGGAAAGCCAGCCUGUCAGCCACGCAGCACCGGGGGGAACUAGCCUCCACCAGCCCAGAUGCCCACCCGGUCUGCCCGCCUCCGCCUCGGUCUCCAGAUCUGUCCAACUCAGCCAGCCGGCUGUUGCGGGACCAGCCCAGCGCCCUCCAGCCACCAGAGGAGCUCAAACCACCCCCCCGCUCCCCAAGUCCAUUGC